CACCAUACCGUAGGUAUGGUAAAUUUAUAUCGCCGAAAUAAGUAAGUCGGAGGGUUAAAACCAACUACUUAUUUUAAGAUCACGAGCACCUAGUGCUCCCCAUGCAUUGGUUGUCUUCAUGGUUGUACCAGAAAUGAAUUUAUAUAGGACCACAGGGAGAUCAACUGAAAUACAAAUACUGUAAAGCCAAACGUGCCAUGUUCCACCAUCUCUUUUGUUUCGCCCAAGUCGCUUUACUCCCAGGUUUAACUUAGACCCCCUGGGGAGACACCAUGACGAGCCCGACCCCCCAAAGCUCCCCCCAGCCCCCGGACGGCGGAUGGGGUUGGAUGGUGGUGGUUGGCGCGUUUAUAGUCAGUGGCUGUACGGCGGGAAUCUUCCGCUCCCUCGGGGUUUUCUUCCUGACGUUCAGCCGACAGUUCCAGGCCAGCUCGGCGGAGACGGCGUGGAUAACCUCUAUUCUGAUGAGCGUCACGUAUUUCCUAUCUCCGGUUGGUACAGCCCUGGCGAGCACCAUAGGUUUCCGCCCCACCGUCAUGCUGGGAGGGGUGCUGUCGGCUGCAGGCUACAUCAUCAGCGGUUUCGCGACCCGCAUGUUUCACUUGUACUUGGGUAUAGGAUGUCUGACAGGCCUUGGAUAUGCCCUCACUCUUAGUCCCGCCAUGGCGAUUGUCGGGCAGUACUUCACCAAACGACGCGCUCUAGCCAACAGCCUGACCCUGCUGGGCUCCAGUGUCACUUCCAUGUCGUUCCCACCGCUCUUCCAGUAUCUGAUGGACGACUAUGGUCUGAAGGGAGCUCUGCUCAUCAUAGGCGGCAUCAUGCUCAAUAUGGUCGUAGCGGGGGCAUUGAUCAGACCUCUCGAGGCCUACAGUGACAGGAAAGUCGAAAAUGGACCUAAGACUGCUGAGAAGCCAGGGAAGAACGGAAUGACCAACUCGGACACCGUUCUGGAAACUAACACGACAAAGAAGUGGUCAGCAGCUACAAUGGACUUUCUCAAAACUUUCUGGGCACAGAUGGAUUUUAAAGUUAUGAAGAUACCUGCGGUGGCCUUGUUCUUGACGUCGAUGUUUAUAGUUUCGUUCUGUCUCAUAGUGCCGCCGUUGUACAUCGUUCCUCGCGCCAAGUACCUACAGAUCGAGGACUACACCGCGGCCUCUCUCCUCUCUGUCAUCUCUAUCGCAGACAUGGUCAGUCGGUUGGCAGUCGGGGCCGUUCCGGACAACUCCAGGUUCGGCCGAUUGGAUCAGUUUGGACUGAGUCUGUGUCUGCUGGGCAUCUCCAACCUUCUAUCUCCCCUAGCCAAGACGUACCCGGCGCUCGUGGCGUACGCUAUCGCGCACGGGGUGUUCUAUGGUGCCUUUAUCCCGAUCUCACUGACGUGUCUUGCCGAACUCGUAGGCCCGAAACGUCUUCCCAGUGCAAUUGGAAUUUUGAUGUCCGUACAGGGGUUCGCGUCGCUGUCUGGACCGCCAUUUGCAGGCUGGCUGUUCGACGAGACCAAAAGUUACGACGCCACGUUUCUCCAGGCAGGCGCUGGGUUCCUACUGGCCGGACUCUUGCCGUUCCUUCUGCGACUCAGGAAGAAACGACCGACGGACACUUCGGGGUCACUGACGGACAUGGGCGACACCGAGAAGGCUGAAACUGGCAUUCUACUGGUACCUGCGCGUGAAACCUCUGUGUGAUCAUUUCUGAAAACCAUAUAAAUACAGUGAAAUAUAUCUUUGAAGACGAUGGAAAGCCUUUGUAACUCUGCCCUCCCAUGUGAAACAAAGAUCUUCAUUUAUAACCACAUACAGCCCUGACGUGAACCGACGUUUCAGUGACUGUCUGAAUUAAUGAUCCGGAAACAAAAACAAUUCUACGGCUACGUUAGAAAUAAAUCAGGUCUGAAGAACGAUGACUCCAUGAAAACAUCACCAAUUGAUGUUGAAAUUGAUUAAAAUAGUUUGAGUGAAUAAGUGUAAAGCCUUGUAAUUUGACACAAAAUUGCUAGGUGGCGCACAUGCACGGCACUCGUCUCAUAGCGUAGAGAUCACUUCUGGAGAAAGUCUCAGCAUUUUCGAAUGCCCUUUACGAUUGGUGCUUGAUGUCGUGUUUGUCGUAUUGUAUUUUGUGAUCUGAACUAUAUUUGAGCAAAGGCACCAAAGUUGACAGUGGAAAAUUCACAACGCCACACAUCCCCCGCGCAAGACAAAUUAUGGAGUAAUGUUCAAUGAUAGGAGUGUGGAAAAAGUCCCCAUCCCU